AAUACUAUUGGAUGAAUGAAUGAGGACAAGGGGAGGGAGGGGAGAGGGAAGCGGUGGAGGGCGAGGCUCAGCGCCGCAGCCACCGACUUUGGCCAACCCGGAGGCCGCGGUGCCGGCGGAGGGAUACAGCAACCUAUAUAUAGCGAGGCACCGCCGACCGGUCCUGCCAGCAUUUGUGGUGGGACCUGCCGGCGGGAGGGAGGGAAAAAAGAAAGAAAGAAGAAAGGGAGCCAGAGACACACACAGCUCCGUUACUCCGGUGGCGGCGGGGGUCACACCGGCAGCAGCAGCAGCAGCAGCCCAAGCUUCAGCUCAACCUUUCCCCCCCCAACCCCGGAGCCUCUCUCUUCUCCUUCCCCCCUCUUCACUCCCACAAUGGCUGAUCAGCUGACUGAAGAACAGAUUGCUGAAUUCAAGGAAGCCUUCUCUCUAUUUGACAAAGAUGGCGAUGGCACCAUCACAACAAAAGAACUUGGAACUGUCAUGAGGUCAUUGGGUCAAAACCCUACAGAAGCAGAGUUACAGGAUAUGAUCAAUGAAGUGGAUGCCGAUGGCAAUGGCACCAUUGAUUUUCCCGAAUUUUUGACCAUGAUGGCUAGAAAAAUGAAAGAUACAGACAGUGAAGAAGAAAUUCGUGAGGCAUUCCGAGUGUUUGACAAGGAUGGAAAUGGUUAUAUCAGUGCAGCAGAAUUACGUCAUGUAAUGACAAACUUAGGAGAGAAACUAACAGAUGAAGAAGUAGAUGAAAUGAUCAGAGAAGCAGAUAUUGAUGGAGAUGGGCAAGUCAACUAUGAAGAAUUCGUACAGAUGAUGACUGCAAAAUGAAGACCUUCUUUCACCUCUUUUUUCCCCUCUAGAAGAAUCAAAUUGAAUCUUUUACUUACCUCUUGCAAAAAAAGUUCAUUUAUUCAUUCUGUUUCUGUAUAGCAAAACUGAAUGUCAAAAGUACCUUCUGUCCACAAAAAAAAAAAUCUGCAUGUAUUGGUUGGUGGUCCUGUCCCCAAAAAAUCAAGUUACACAUCAGUUUUACAAUAUAAAUACUUGUACUACCUUAAAUGAUAAGGAAGCACUUAGUGAACUCCUUAAAGUUCCAUUUGCUAAUGAUUAUUACACUGUUUGGGCUGGCCAGUUUUUCAUGCAUGCAGCUUGACAAUUGAGCACAGUCAGACAUUUGUAUUAAAAAAGAAAAACAGAAAAAUUAAAAACCUACUCAAGUGGGUCUAGUUCAAUUUGUUAGCAUAAAUUGUCCUAGCUGGUUUACUUUAACAAAAUAAAAUAAAAUUGGUUUACCUCAGGAUGGUAUGCAGCAAAAUGGUUGAAGGAUGCAAAAUUUCAAGGUGUAGCCCUAAAGGUUGAACGGUUCUUCUCUACUUAACAGUGUGCUCCAUGAUGAUGAUGAUGAUGACCUUAAACUCUGGGUAGCAUGUCUGUGUUAUAUUGGUUUAACAUUGUUUGCAUUGCACUAUAGUGAAACGGGUGUCAGGCUGUUACCGUUCACAAAAAUUUUUCAAAAGAAACCUUCACCAAGGGAGCACCUUUGGACUCUCUGUUUUUAAAACCUUCUGUACCAUGACUUGGGAGCCAGCAGAGUAGGCUGUGGACUUCAGCACAACUAUCAACAUUGCUGUUCAAGAGAUUACAAUUUAUGUCCAUUCCAAGUUGUAAAUGCUAGUCUUUUUUUUUUCCAAUAAAAGACCAUUAACUUAAAGUGGUGUUAAAUGCUUUGUAAAGCUAAAAUCUAAAAUGGGGACAAGGCAUCGAGGGGAGGGGAGUGUUGCACUGCUCACCCAGUGCAUACUUCAAAAAUUUAUAUAUUUGGGUAUUUUUACUCAAAAUAAUUCAGUCGUGUGAGCUCCAAGAUCUUGUCUAGAACCGGCAAAUGCUGAUAAAAAUGCUGAUUAAUUUUUCCUAUUCCACAAAUGCAAAUCUAGUUGGUUCCCCCUCCGGGGUCAUGCUAAUUUACUGAUCACUGUAGACAGAAUGACUUUAACUGAAGAAAAAUCUCAUCUCUUUUUCUCUAAAGCAUGUAUUUGGGAUUCUUUUAAAAUGUGUGCUGCUGAUAAAUCUGUUUUGUGUAACUGUUACUGAGACCAUCUGUGGGAGAGAUCUAGUAUGUCAGUGUAACUAACUCAAUCUUUGCUGUCUGUGGUAGAAGCAGUAGCCACUUUUCUAAACCAAUCUCUUCAUCAUGCCUAAAAGACACUAUCCUUCACCAUAUGGCUUUACAAUGUUAGUUUCAUAUUUGCAUCUGACAUGGCUUCCUUCUACCUAUUUUAUUUUUACUUGAGAAGGGGAUUAUCCACCUCCUCUUUUGUUCAUACAGAACUAUGCCAUAUUCAUACGCUUGUUCACAGCUUGUAAGUAGAACUCCAGCCCAGAGUGAAUUUAGUGUCUAAUUAAAAACCCUAACCAAAACUUGGAAAGUGCUGACACCUGCUUUUACUUUAGGGUUGCCCCACUGAAGUCUGGUUUAAACCCACGGUGGAUCAAUUGAGUGGUGCCACCUCAGAUAAUGAUGGCUGGCUUUGGAUUUUUUCAGGUUAAUAUUGGCUGUGCCCACUUGGUGCAUGGUGUAGGUUUGGGGUUGGACUUUUGGGUUUUACCUGCUGAAAAUGUUGGGGUGCUGUUGGGGAAAUAUGAGAGCUUGAGUACUACUCGAAACUCAGGCAUGGCCAGCUCAGUUUAGUCAGGGGCCUUUUAUCCUGACCCUUCUCUCCUCCUCCUGUCCAUUUAUUGACCUGACUGUUUGCAAGCAUUUUUAAGAGAGUGUAGAUGGAUUCAAGGAGAGGAGGUGAACUCAAAUCAGGCCACUUUGCUGCUGUUAAUCCUUUUUGUCAACUAAGUAAAAGGUUGGGUAGGGGAGGAGGUGGAUAGUUAAUGACUUACUUUGGGGAUAAUCUGUUGGAUUUUAGUUUGCCAUCCUAAACCUGGUUCCAAUUAGGAUAAUUGGGAAUUGACCAUACCCUACUUCGAGCUUAAUAUUCUCGAAAUUCAGUGUCUUCACAGGCAAUUGUGAACAAUGGCUUAAUCAAAAGAUCCCUUUGUGUGUAGUGCCGGGAUCAGUUAACACAGAAUAAUUGCUACGGGAAUGGCUGCAGCUAGGAAUUUUAAUAACUCUAAAAAGAGUGGGAUGCUAGGGGAAGUAUCAGCUUGAUUCUCGAAUCAACCUCAGGUUUUAGGCCUGGGGCAAGAUGACUUUAAUGCCUUAGUGAAUGACUUCCUCUUGCUGCCUCAAGAGGGGGGACAGUUUUGUUUUUUGUUAUUGUUGUUGGGUUUUUCUCAUUUGUUUCUAAGCAAAACAAAAGCCACAAACCUCCAACCAACCUCACUCCCCCAAGGUCAUCCAAGGCAAAGCUCUCGUCUGUGAAAUUUCAAGAUUCUCCGGGGACACCCUGAUUCAAGAAUUCAGGACCCCAUCUAGUUCUGAGCACCAGGAUUAAUGACCCAGUUAACUCGAUUCUUGGCCUCUAGGACUUAGUGCAUGGCUAGGAUCAGGUAUCGAACUGAGGCCUUCCCCGGGGAAUGUCUACCAAGUGUACUGUGCAGAAACUAGGUGAAUAGGAGUAUAAUCCAACAGGCAGAUUCGACUGUAGCCCUUUUUUUCCCCUAAUUUUGUGGGGAAGGCAGACCAGGGGACUGAAGGGGUCUUGGUUUGAAUCAAGUGUUAGUGAAAACAGAAGCUGGAUUCACUGACCACUUGGAAGGUUAGUGGCAGUGCUCUUAAGUUAGUCAGCACCUUCCUCUUAACCCCCUAUCGUCUCCUAUCCUUUUCUGCUGUAUAAAUAUAUGUAUAAAGUGACUACUUUAACUCUGGCAUCCUGCUUCAGCCUAAGACUUGCCAUAAAACUGCUCAGUACUUGGCAAACACUUUUUUUUUCCCAUAGUUUCGUUCUCCAUCUGUUUGGGGUAGGUGUUUAGGAGAUAGGCAAACAUAUCUUGAGAUUUCAGAUGGGUUUUUGAUGCACUAUUGCCAAGGAAGGCUUUUUCUGAUUUUUGACAAAUGAAUUUUUGCACACACUUUAAUUGGUGUCUUUCAGCAACCUAAAACAUUGAAAAUUAGCUACUGUACAUAUUUUUAUAUUCUCUUUAUAAAUGCAUGUGUGAUUGUAUUUGUAUCUAUUGUAAUGGCUGUCCGGUAGGCCUAGAGCUGAUGUAUUGUGUCAAAGAGUAGCAUAUUAAUAGCCCCUCAGCAUACCGGGAAUUCAUUCCUAUUCAAAGAAUGUAAAUCUGGUCAAGUCUGCUCUUCCACUGCCCAAUAAUUUUUUUUAAUUUUGCGGCUACUUCCUCACUGCUGUAUCCUAAAUACUCUUUAUCCACUCAUCUUCUGACCGAUGACUAGGUUCCACUGAGCUGUCUUAAUUCACUCCUUCAGCUGGCAAUUUUUUAUUUUCCUUGAAGUUGGCUCUUAGGAGAGCAAAAGUUCUCUUCCACCUAUACCCCGACAGUAGGCGGUAGUGAAAUGAGUGGAGUUCUGUUUUCUCCAAUAGCUUGUUCAACACUUCUGUAGCGAAGAUGGAUGAUAGUUCUGUUACCAAAGUUGCCCUUCAAAAUGGCUAUUCUGAAAAGGAGAUGUACUUGAAAGUUUCUGUAAUUCUUUAUGGUGAGAUCAAAAUGUUUGGAGGUUUAAUCACCUCGUUGAUGGGGGACCAACAUAUGAGAUUGUAAAUAAGUUUAUUUAUAAACCUGGCACUGUAUUCAAUAAACAUUUCUGCAGCCUUUCAUCUCUAA